AGUUGUCGGAGAGCCGUCCGAGGGUGAGGGCCGCGCGCGGUGGUCGCGGUGGCAGACUGGUGUGUGAAGCAGACUCAGGCGAUGCGGUGCUGACAACGUGACUCAGAAAACCGCAGCAGUGAUGCAGAUGAUCGCUGGAUUUAUCACGGCAGGCCUGCUGGUGUGGGCGGCCGGUGCGCAGGAGGCGGCCACGGUGGUGGAUGUAGCCGAUGGAGGGGACGCGGUGCUCCGGUGCCGGUUCGACCCGGCCCUGGUGGGCCCUAAUGAGGCCUCGUUCGACUGGAGCCACCGCAGUGGCGUCUGGGACAACGUGGCCAUCGAGGGCAAGUCCUUCAGGAAACGAUACCGGGUCGAGUUCUCGCCGUCGGAGGGCCGCUAUGAACUGCACAUCAGCGGCGCCUCAUACGACGGCGACAACGGCCAGUUCGCGUGCCGCGCGCGCCGCUCCGGCUCCGGCCGGGUUCUGCUCGCCGAGACAUUCAACGUGACGGUGCUGCUGCGGCCGGGCGCCCCCGAGGUGCGCCGGCCGCCGCUGCUGGUCGAGGGCGCGCCCGCCGAGCUGGUGUGCGCCUCGGUGGGCGGCAGCCCGGCGCCCGAGCUGCGCUGGUACCGGCGCGGUCAGAGCAGCCCGCUGCCGGCCGAACUGGUGCCGGGCCGGCGCCGCUCGGAGCCCACCGAGGCACGCCUGACGCUGACACCGCGCAGACGAGACGACGGGGAACAGCUGGAGUGUGUCGCCUGGAACCGGGCCAUGGAGGCGGGCGAGCGGCUGACCAUCGCCGUCCAGCUCAGCGUCCAAUACUACCCCCGUAUCACGGUCGGACCUUCCAAUCCACUGCGGGUCGAGGUCGGACGACCCGCCGAGAUGACCUGCCACGUGGACUCGAAGCCGGCCGUGGGUAACGUGCGCUGGCUGCGUAGUGGCGCCUUCGUCAACACCAACGGUACACACCGCGUAGAGGCCGUGCAGCCGUCCGACGCCGGUCUGUACACGUGCAGCGCCGAGAACUCUGUAGGUCAGCGCUCGACCGAGCUGCGGCUGGACGUGCUGUACGCCCCGCAGGUCACAGCCGAGUCGGAGCGCGUGCUCGAGCAGGGUGACAGCGCUCAGCUGCGGUGCCACGUGGACGCUAACCCGCCGGCCGAGCGCGUGUACUGGUUGAGGGAGGGUGACCCCGAGUUCCGCCAGGACGGCCCAGUGCUACGGCUGACGCGGGUCUCGGCUGGAGACGGAGGCCGCUUCACUUGUGUGGCAGUGAACCGGGUGCGCAGUGUGGACAUGGCGCAGGCUGAGGAGCGCUCUGGGAACGCCAGCAGCCUGGUGCUGGUACGCCACGCGCCCGGGCCGGCGGUCGUGCUGCCACUCGAGCCGGUGGGCGUGGAGGGCCGGGCGCUGACGCUCACCUGUGCCGCCUCUCCGCCUGGCUACCCGGAGCCGCGCUACCGCUGGUGGCGCCGGGACCGGCCCGACGCGCCGCUGGGCUCAGAGCAGAACCUGACAGUGACCAGUGUGCAGCCGCGCCACGGCGGACACUACGUCUGCCGGGCGGAGAACGAGCUGGGCGGCGGCGCGGCCGGCUCGGCAGAGGUGCGCGUGCUGCGCGCGCCGCGGCUCACCGGACGGCUGGAGCGGCAGCUGAGUCGUCCGACGGACACGGCGGCGCUGGGCGUGCAGUGCGCCGCGCAGGGCCGACCGCGGCCCGCCGUGCUCUGGCUGAAAGACGGCCUGGAACUGCAGACGGCCGAUGGCAGGUACGACGUCACCAUCGAUGAGACGGAGCGCGCCGACGGGGCGUUCGCCGUGCGCUCGACGCUCAACUUCCGCGGCUGGGCGCGUCAGGAGGAUCACCUGACGGCCGCCGACCGCGGCAACUACACGUGCCGCUUCGAGAACGCGGCCGGCGCCGCCGAGUCGACCAUGCUGCUGCGUGUCAGACACGCGCCCAUUGUCUACCACCGGUACAACAAGGCGGCGUUCGACGUGGGCCAGGAGGCGGCGCUCGUCUGUCAGAUGCAGGCAUUCCCGGCGCCCGAGUUCCGCUGGUGGCGCCGCGCCGCCGGCGAGCUCGCCCCCAUGGCCGGUGUCACCUCGACCUCACUCGGAAACGACGUGCACCAGUCGGAACUGCGGCUGCCAGCCGUCUCCGCCGCCGACUACGGCGAGUAUGUAUGUCAGGCGCAGAACGGCGAGGGCGAGCAUAGCACCGUGCUGCGUCUGCAGGCGCGUGGCCGGCCCGAGGCGCCCACUGACGUGCGCGCCGCCGAGCUGGGCACCUCGUGGGCGCUGCUGGACUGGACGCCGGGCUUCGACGGCGGGUUCGCAGACACGAUCCACCACGUGACGCUGCGGGACGAGCGGGACCGCGAGCGAGUCGUCGACUGUCAGAGCCGGCGGCCGUGCAACGUGACGCUGCUGCAGCACCACAGCACCUACCGAGUGCGCGUGCGCGCUACUAACCGCGAGGGCGACUCUGCGCCCUCGGAGCAGUCACAGUUCACCACUCUGUUGGACGGCUCGCAGCUGCCCACACCGCAGCGGGCCCGGUUCGCUGCUGACGCGCGGCAGAUCAGCUUCCACGUGCUCACCUCCCAGCUGGAUGUGCUGGGCAUGCUGGAUGUCAGGUCGGAGGAGGAGGGCGAAUGGCGCCGCGCCGACCAGCAGGUGACCAUUGCCAAUAACCGCGGGCUGGUCCGACUGGACGACGGCCUGGGGCCCGUGAGUGGCGUCCGCGUGCGCCUCUGUCUGCGAGAGGAGCCCACUGUGUGCGGACAGACUGUGGAGGCCGAGAAUGUGCCGGCCGGCGCGCUGCUGUCGGCGGCCGGCGGCAGUCAGGUGACCACCAUCAUACUCGCCUCUGUCGCGGCCACGGCAGGCGUGGCGCUGCUCGUACUGCUCUUCAUCUGCUGCUGCCGCCGGUCCUCAGGACGGUCCACAGCCUCCUCGGCAGCGGCGGCACGAGCCAAGGCGGCUGCCGCCUACACUGACGACCCCUAUCGUCAGAAAGUAUCGGCCGGCGCGCCGCCGCACCCCUACCUGUCCGCCGGCCGACUGGACGGUCUACCGGCCGGCGGUCCGCCCCGGCCUGUCCUCUACGAGUCGAGUCACUCCAACGGCAGCUCGGCCGGCGGCGGCUCGGCACACUCUCAGGACUCGCUGUGGCAGGCCACCGAGCCGGGGGUCGGACCCGUCGAGCCGGCCGGCCGCUACCCGCCGUCCUAUGGCGACUACGGCGCCGCCUACCGGGAGCUCCAGGAGGCCGUGUACCGGCCCGCCGAGCCGACACAUGAGGUGGGUCCGGCCCGCGUGUCGGGCAUGCCUGACCCGUACGGCGGCCGUGCAGAGGCCGAAGGUGUACCGCAGCCACCCUCCUUCGACGAGUCACUGGAGAGCGGCCUCUCGACCCCCAGCUCCAGGCCCCGGCGGGUCAUACGGGAAAUCAUAGUGUAGUGGUAGCGCGACAGAUGGCAGCAGCGCAUCGCUGUGGUCGGCGGGACAACUGCGCGGGUCAUACUCAGCUACCUGGAGUCCCCAGCAUAGCCCAUUGUGAUAUUGUUUUACCGCUCAAAGUCGAGACCUGACGAGAUCACUUGUUAUGUUUUACGAUGGGGAGUGUUUGUAAUGUUAUUGUGCCUUUGAUAAUGUGACAUCGUAAGCACGUUAGAAGAUGUGACGAGUGUGAGGUUUUCGCUGACCGGUGAGCUCACGCUUAGAGCGAGAAUAAGUGCGACGGAAGUGCUUAGCCCCGAUCUUGACCUGUGGUGUAUGGCGCAUAACCCUUGAUGUGUCGCAUUCGUGUUAAGUAUUGCUUUUGUGUUCUGCUUGCAGUAUCAUAUUCGAUGCGUUGGUUUUGCAAUGCCACUCGACUUCAUAUGUAUAUAUGCUCAUUAGUCUGUAUGUGUGUGGCAUGUUGAAUGUUUCCUUGAAUCUCUCGCUUAAAAUUAAAGUUUCCUUUGACGGUCUCGUCGCUUUAAAACUUUUUUAACUUGUAAUUUUCGUAUGCCAUUUUCAUAAUUGUCUCGUAUAUUUCGUCAAGCCAUUUUCUCUAUAAUAUUAUGUCUACAUCGCUGAACCAUUUGCUCAUCAGUAUUUAAUGCCCACUAUUUAAUCACAUCAACUCGUUCCGUUUAAUGCAUGCAAGGUAAAGGAACUCAUCCUCAUGCCUUAUCUUUGUGUCACCUAAUCUGGAUUUGAAGUUGUGUCGGUCGUGCUUGCAGGUAUGAUUUGUUUGUCGGUUUGUGUGGCAGCAUACCGUGAUGUGAAGAGCCGGGCCUAAACGGCCUAACAGGGCCUAAACGGCCUCGGUUGUCAUUUGGACUGGACAGAGCCGUGCUAGCCAAGUCGCAAGUGUCGCAAGGAACUCUGAAUACAUUUUAAUGAUAGACAUUC